GGUGGGCCAUGGGCCCUGGAAAACCUCUUUGAAUAGAGUAGAAAGCUAAAAGGGGCUGCCUCAGGCAGACAGGCCUUUUGGGGCCAAGCCAGGGGAGACAGCCACCAUGCUUGGCACACCCAGGAGUGCCCCCUCUGAAGUCUGAAGCCCCUACACUGGGGCAUCUUGGGGGAGAUGUGACCUCCCCUUCACACUUUAGGUCCCCACCAUUAUGCUGAACGUUGGGCUUCCCACGGCCACUUAGGAGGGCUCUCUGGUGGGGGGCGUCCAGCCCUUCCCCACCCUCAGAUAAAACUUAACCCCCCGCUCACCCUCCGAGGCCGGGCCCCUCUGCUAGAUGACAAUGAACUCAUCGGACUCUGCUAAUGGGCUCACUGGCACAGAUGUGUUCUCCUAGUUAUCCUUCCCAGCUAACCAAGCUCUUGAAAGCAGGGUGGAGGGAGAUGUGCAGGUGGUGAGGUGACAUCCACACACAGGGGGAAACGAAUUACUGAGCUGUAGGCCACCUUUGCUUUCUGCUGCUUCCCAGAGAAGAAUGGGAGACAGGAGACCCCUCAGAUGAGCACGAUUCAUCUGUGUCCUCCAAGCAGCUCCAGGACAGAGCUUUUCACAAAGCCUUCAGACUUUGUUAAGCUUCUGCUGGAGGCUCCAGCAUAGUUUGGACCCGUUGAAGGAGCAUGAACAUUCAGAAAAUAGCUCUGCCCCUCUGGCUUAUCUCAGCAAAGAGCAGCGCCCAGCCCAGCUCAGAGGGCAAUGGAACAGGUCCAAGAGGACUAGAGGACCUAAGGAACCUGGGCCUUCGAUGUGCCCACGGGAAGCUGAAAGAGACCGAGGGAGGAGGAAAGUGGCCGUCCACGCUCUGGUCUCCACUGCUGAUGAAGCCGUGACCCAAAGCGUCCAACCCCUGGCAGCCAUCUGCUCCGCAGCCAUAGCCCACAUUCCCAUGCCCUGCUUGCUUUGGGGCUCUCUCUGUGAGGCCUCCAGGCCCCGCCCUGGAGAUGAACGCGAUGCCAGGGUCCUAGUGUGCCUCAUGAUGCCCCCAGCCUAGCUCCUCCCCACACUUCGGUACGAUGUUGCCCAACUCUACCAACAGUUCUGUUCCCCCUGCCAACGGUUCUGUUCCCCCGUGCCCCGACUACCGGCCCACCCACCGCCUGCACAUGGUGGCCUACAGCCUGGUGCUGGCCGCAGGGCUCCCCCUCAACGCGCUGGCCCUCUGGGUCUUCCUGCGCGCGCUGCGCGUGCACUCCGUCGUGAGCGUGUACAUGUGCAACCUGGCGGCCAGCGACCUGCUCUUCACCCUCUCGCUGCCCGUGCGCAUCUCCUACUACGCCCUGCACUACUGGCCCUUCUCCGACCUCCUGUGCCAGACAGCGGGCGCCAUCUUCCAAACGAACAUGUACGGCAGCUGCAUCUUCCUGACUCUCAUCAACGUGGACCGCUACGCGGCCAUCGUGCACCCGCUGCGGCUGCGCCACCUGCGGCGGCCCCGCGUGGCGCGGCUGCUCUGCCUGGGAGUGUGGGCGCUCAUCCUCGUGUUCGCCGUGCCCACCGUCCUGGUGCACAGGCCCUCGUCCUGCAGCUACGGCGGCGGCCAGGUGCGCCUGUGCUUCGAGAGCUUCGGAGACAGGCUGUGGAAGGGCGGGCUGCUGCCGCUCGUGCUGCUGGCCGAGGCGCUGGGCUUCCUGCUGCCCCUGGUGGCGGUGCUCUACUCUUCGGGCCGGGUCUUCUGGACCCUGGCGCGGCCCGACGCCACGCAGAGCCAGCGGCGGCGGAAGACCGUGCGCCUCCUGCUGGCCAACCUCGUCAUCUUCCUGCUGUGCUUCGUGCCCUACAACGCCACGCUGGCGGUGUACGGGCUGCUGCGGGGCAACCUGGUGGCGGCGAACAGCAAGGUCUGCGAUCGAGUGCGCGGGGUGCUGAUGGUGAUGGUGCUGUUGGCCGGCGCCAACUGCGUGCUAGACCCUCUGGUGUAUUACUUCAGCGCCGAGGGUUUCCGCAACACCCUGCGAGGCCUGGGCACUCCGAACCGCGCCAGGACCUUGGCCACCAACGGGGCUCAGGGGGCGCUCGCCGAACAGCCCACUGAGACCACUUGCAUCACCACCCCGGCUACCGCCGAACAGGGGCUGCUCAGGCCCUCCAACGUGGGGACACCCUUAACCCAGCUCCCCGAGGACUCGGCCCUCUGACAGCACAUCAUGCCAUCGCGCGCUCACCCCCACCUCUCACCCCCUCGCCGCUGACACGUAUUAGGGUGUGUACACGAGGGAAGUGGAUUGGGCACUUGGGACUUCUGGAAGGCAACUCCCGCCCAGAAAUGCAGAAAAGAACAAACUGUGGGGAGCCUGGGAAGGAGGACCGCUGUGCUAAUGGCCUUCUUUAAUUUGGUGGUGAUGGUGAGCCUGAGGCCGACCCCUUCCCCAGUCCCUAGGAAGUGAAGCUGUGAGCUUUCCCAAUGCAGAGGCAGAUGACUGGAUGGCAUGCCCUUGGUGUGGUCAUGAAACACUCUUGAGAGCUGGGAGAUGGAGCAGAAAGUGGGUGUCCUGGAUUUACAGCCACCACAGUAGUCUUAGGACCUCAGGUGCCACCCACCCUCAUUUCCACCUGGGCUUCCCUUGCCCAGAACUUCCCUUGCCGAGUAAACUCAACAAUACGGAGUUUAAUGGAUACAGACAGAAUUGGUUUCCUUCUUGGUUAGUGACUUGUAACAAUUUGGACCUGGCACCCAAAGUGGGGUGGUUGGGGGCAGGACAAAACUGUGUGUUGGAGGGUAUUUUUUUCCCCAGAUCCAGUCCCUGUAGCCCUUUUCACUUGUCUCUGUCCACCCCACACCGCUUUUGAGACUGCCUCCACUCUAGGUCCUAAAUUCUCUCUCUCUGCCUCUGGUGCAUCAUCUAGAAUUAAGGAGAAAAUUCUUUGUACUAAAGUAGCAGUUCUUAAACUUUGUUCCCAGACCCUUUAACAACUCAAGGAUUCCAAAGGGCUUUUGCUUGCACUUUAUUCUUUUGAGACUUAACCAUAACAGAAAUUAGAACUCACGAGUGUUAACGACAGAAACACACAAGCACACUUUCCAUUAGCUGUGAGAGCAAUAAUGUCAUCACAUUUCAUGAAGCCUCUGGAAAACUCCUCUGUAUACCUGUGAGAGAUGAGAAUGCAAAGAACAAAUGACAUGGUGGGAGAAGCAGGAUUCCAAAAAUAACUUUGACCUUGUGGACAUCCUUAAAGAGCCAGUAUUAGAGCUCACGUGUAGCUUCUUCCCAGGGCAUAUACAUACAUUGUUUUUUAUUACUACCAGGGACAGGGCAAUACUUGGGCAAAUCAAUUGGUAAUUGUAGUCCAGAAGGCUUGAGGGUUUGCAGGGGGUAGGUGGGAGUUGCACACCCAGUGUAACACCACCCUGGACUUCCUGGAGCGGCAGCCCUGAGGUGGGGGUGAACUAGUCACACAAACACUCUGAGGAGGGGCAGGGCUCCUCUCUCCCUGGGAAGGGAAAAAGGAACUCUUGCCACAGCCAGGAAAGAACUUUCCAGCGAAAAAAGAGUGCAAUGGGAGGACAGGAAUAGGCUGGCUGUUCUUUGCAAGCUGGAGGCAAGGGACAUGGAAGACUGGUUCAUGGGCCACCUACUGUUUUCUUCCCUCUUUACAGGAGUUGGGCUGGGAGGGGUUGCAGAGUUGGCAUCUUGAGACUCUGUGUAACUGAGGAAGUUGCUGCCAUGCGUGUGUCCUGUAUGCAUUUCUGUCUCUGUGUCUCUCAAUGAUGUAUGUUUCUGUGUGUGGGAGGGGGGAAAGGGAGAUGGAGAGAGAUAGAAAGAGAUUGAGAGAGACAGAUAGACAGUGUCAGGGUUUUCCUGUGUGUGUCUCUGUGUGUUUUAGUUUGGAGCAAGCCUUUUGUGUGUCUUUAAGCGAGUGCUUCAGAUGGUGAUUUACAGGGGUAAAAUGACCCCUGGUGGCCAAAGCAGAGAAGUGACCCAGAUUCCUCAGUGAUAGCUUUCAAGUAGAGCCUUCCACCAUCAGGUGCGAAGAUACAGCCCUGGGCCAGGCCCUCUGGUUGCUCUAGAAGAGGCCUGAUGGUUAGCACCUGACCCAUCUUGCUUCAUCCUUAGGGCUCAAGACCCAUGCCCUCCCAGCCCUGGGAGCAUCAAACGUGGUUGUAUUCCAAAGUCUCAGAACUUUGCCCUACCCAACCGAACUGGAUUGAACACAGUUGUUAAAAAUUACUUGAGUAUUUUUGUAUUCUGAUAUGUGAAUGGAAUCCAAAGUACCAAAAAUUCACAUAGCAAGCAUCUUCUAACAUUCUAUAUAAUUUACUUAUUUAUUUUUAUAAUUUUUAUAAUUUCUUGUCUGUUUCCCCGCCCCCCCCCCCCUCCCCAGGUAUGAUGUAAAGUCCCUGGAGGCAGGGAUUUUGGUUUGCUUGGUUCUUUGAUGUAUCUCCAGCAUCUAGAACAGCUCCUGGCACAAAAAAAGUGCUCAAUAAAUACUUGUUGAAUGAUAAACAGUUGAA